AUGCAGACCCCAUCGAUGGCUGCCUCCACUACUUUCUACUACCCAAUCCCCAAAAGUUUCCUUCUUCCUCCUCCUUCCCGUAGCAAACGAAACCCUAACUUCAUCUCUUGCUCCACCAAACCCAUUUGUUCUCCUCCUUCUCCUUCGUCUUCUUCCUCUUCUCUGCAAACGACGACAAACAAUCGAAGGCAGAAGCAGAAUCUUCGCCGACCUCCUUUCGAGGAUUCGUUUCUUCUUUACCAAUUCAGUUCCCCGACCGACGAUCCAGGAUUCUCUAACCGGAUCUCCGAACGAAUUGACGAAGAGCCGCGCGAAUUGGUGCUUCCGAAAGUAGAAGGCAACACCGGCUUGGCAAUUUCGUCGAACAUGUGGUGGGCAGAUCUGAAAGCGGCUAUUGGGCAACGAAUCAACGUAGAGGGUAUCGUUUCUUCGGUUUCUGUAGUUGUUAGAGAUCGGAAUUUGGUUAUCCCGCAUGUUUCUGUGAAGGAUUUGCGGUACAUUGACUGGGGAGAGCUGAAGAGAAAGGGCUUCAAAGGUGUAGUGUUUGAUAAAGAUAAUACCCUCACGGCUCCUUAUUCUCUAGCGAUUUGGCCACCACUCCGGGCUUCGAUUGAGCAGUGUAAAGCCGUUUUUGGCCAUGACAUCGCCGUGUUUAGCAAUUCCGCUGGGCUUACGGAAUAUGAUCAUGAUGAUUCGAAAGCUAAAGCAUUGGAAGCUGAAAUAGGGAUUAGAGUGUUGAGACACAGAGUAAAGAAGCCUGCAGGAACGGCUGAAGAAGUUGAGAAACACUUUGGUUGCACAUCUUCGGAGCUAAUCAUGGUGGGUGAUCGACCCUUCACAGAUAUCGUUUACGGGAACAGAAAUGGAUUUUUAACCGUAUUAACCGAGCCUUUGAGUCGAGCUGAGGAGCCUUUCAUUGUUAGACAGGUGAGAAGAUUAGAGCUGGCCUUGUUGAAACGUUGGUUGAGAAAAGGUUUGAAGCCUGUGCAUCAUAGUUUGGUAUCUGAUGUAACUCAGUUUGUUAAGGAUCCAUCAGAUUUGUAA